AGACACAUGGACAGACAGACAGAGAGAUAGAGAGGAUGUCAUCUUCUUCUUCUUCUUCUUCUCAUCUCUCAGCCAUACCACAACGCCUGUCAAAAUCCUCACCAUGCCACUUCAACACAAAGUCAGUUGGGUUUCAUGUAAGAUCCAAUCUUGAGAAUGACAGCUGCAGUCCGGGGGAUUCAGACCACUCUUCUAAACCAUCAAAGGAAUCUCAGGCCUCAAUCUCUCGACGACGGUGUCUCACAUGCCUAUGUUCAACCGUUGCUUUGAUAAGCAAUUCUGCAAUCUCUACUUCCGUUCCAAAGGCAUUUGCACUGGAUGGAAAAGAGAGACCAGCUGGUUGCCGGAAUUGUGGGGGAAGUGGCGCUGUGCUUUGUGAUAUGUGUGGUGGUACAGGAAAAUGGAAAGCUCUCAAUAGAAAACGGGCUAAAGAUGUGUACGAGUUUACAGAAUGUCCAAACUGUUAUGGUCGCGGGAAACUCGUAUGUCCAGUUUGUUUAGGGACUGGUGUACCGAACAACAAAGGUCUGCUUCGGAGGCCUGAUGCAAAGCAGUUACUUGAUAAGAUGUACAAUGGUCGGCUAUUGCCAAACUCAUAACAAGGUCGUUCUACAUCAACGUGAGCUGCCCACAAAAGAGUUGAUUUUUGGCCGUGUGCCAUUCAUUUUAAUCGUACAAUACAGUGUAUCAUUUUAGAAGGGUUAAGAAACCAAAGAUGUAUAAUGUAGACUAUAUAGUAGCCGUCCUUCCACUACGAUUGUGUUGUCAUAACAGGGCUCCUCUCUGCACAUUAUAUUAGCUUAAUGGAUGUGAAUUUUGUUGCACUUUUAA